UUGAUAACCUAACCUCAAAAAUGAAUACUGAAUCAUAUGAAGACCUUUGUCGCGUUUGUAUGAUGAAGUUUAAAGAUUUAAUUCCAAUAUUUGAGAAAAAUAAAUUUAUUCCUCAAAAAAUUUUGUACUGCACGAGCAUAAAGAUUAAGAUCACAGAUGGGUUUCCGAAUAAAAUUUGCAGGACAUGCUUAGAGAAUUUGGAUAUAGCAUAUAAUUUUAAAAAGCUCUGCAUAAAAUCUGAUGAACGUAUAGCCAGCAAUUCACAAUUGAAGCAUCAAGUAAAUAAAAAUGUUAGUAUCAAAAAUUCACCGGUAAAGAAGAAACCAGAUGGUAAAAGAUGUUUGAAUAAGAGAGAAACAAUAAUAAUCACAGUUAAUCAAACAACUGGUGUUUCUAAAGAGUUUCCACCAACCAAACAUAAUUUGGAACACAUCGAACCUCCACCAGUCAGAGCAGAAACUCCAAAUUCACCAGAACAUCAAAUUGAACCGCAACCAAAUCCUACAGACAAUGAAGACAAAAAUUAUCCAGGCAUAAAUGCAGUAACUAACAUUUGUGAAAUCUGUGGCAAAUCCUUUGACACUAUGAUCGGUCUAAAAGGUCACAUAAAAAGACAUGCAGAUCUCAGACCUUAUAAAUGUAAAUUAUGUACCAAAGCAUUCAAAGAAAGCGGUUCAUUAAAAAUCCACAUGAGAAACCACACAGGUGAACGUCCAUACACCUGUGAGUUCUGCUCAAGUUCAUUCACUCAAAAAUGCAUUUUGAAAAAUCAUGUCAGAUCUCAUACUCAAGAAACUCCAUUCAAGUGUGAUUUGUGUGGGAGAUGUUUUACAGCUCGUAGUAAUUUGGCGAAACAUAAGACAGGACAUAGAAACGAACGCAAGUAUUCUUGUACACUUUGCAAAGCUUCGUUUAAUUUUAAUGCAGGAUUAAAGAAACAUUUAUUGACACAUUCAGAAGAGAGACCGUUCACUUGUGAAGUUUGCAAUAAAUCAUUUAAGAGGAAAACUAAUUUAACUAUUCAUAUGAGGAUACAUAGUAGUGAAUUGCCUUAUAAAUGUGAUGUUUGUGGUACAUCGUUUAGGUAUAAUAGUAUUUUGAAAAGUCAUUUGAAUUCUAAACAUAAUAUUAUAGUUCCUCCAAUGCCAUCAUUAACAAAUUUUUGA